GGCGUUGGCGUUGAAGGAAGAUUGUACUGUGGCGACAGACCACUUAGGAAUACUCGAGUGCGAAUUUAUGAUGUUGAUAGAGUUCCUGGCGAUUCGGACGAUUUGCUGGAUGAGCGAUUCACAGAUGCAAAUGGAGAAUUUCGCCUGGAUGGUACCACCCGUGAACUGACAACUAUCGAACCAGUUCUUGUCGUCUACCAUGAUUGUGAGGAUGAAAAUACGGUGCGUUUUUUUCCUAUUGCUCGCCACUGGUUUCAACUAUGA